AUGUAUGAUGUUGUAGCGCCUCCGCCUCCUGUUGAGGAUGAAGCUCAAACUGAGAUUCUCAUAAAGGGUAUUAAGGAUGUCAAGCCCUUCCUUUACUAUGAUGCACUAUUCGCCACAGUAUCUGUCACUUCUUGCAUAACUCGAAAUUGGGCGAUGACCAUCCUCGUCUACUUCAUCCAAUUCUUAUUCGCCGCCACCUUAGCUCAAGAACGACUCAAAGAUCUUCCACUACCUCCGGAUUACUGCAAAAAUGGAGGAGUUUUUGUUAAUGGUGAAUGCGUCUGUACCCUCCGCUACGAAGGGAAACAAUGCGAGCAGGAGCGAUGUCUGAAUGGAGGUCGUCGCCAUAAAGUGAACGGACAGGUACGGUGUCAUUGCCCUUUUGGGCUUUCCGGCGAUCGUUGUGAGAAGGUCACAUAUUGUGAGCCUGGAAAAGGAAAAUUGGUGAACGGUAAAUGUGAAUGUAGCGCAAGAUGGACUGGACUCUUCUGCCAGAUGCGCACUUGUUAUAAUGGGAUCCCUACCGGUGGAAUGGAAGGUUUCUGUCUCUGCGACGUUGGUUUCACCGGCCCUUUCUGCGAUGUACCGUUGAUUUGCGAGAAUGGAGGCAAAGUUACUCAGGAUAACGAAUGCUCCUGUCCGUCAGAAUACACUGGAGAACGAUGCGAACUGUGUGCUAUUGGUCAUAUCCUUGAAGGGAAACGUUGCGUUCCUGAAGUGUUGGAAUCGUCCCUGGUCGCACAUGCAGGCUCCUUAUCGUCCAGAUCUUUCGCGUGGCCUAUCGUAGUUAUAGGAUGUGUUGCUGCUCUCGCUGUAGUUCUUCUCAUCACCGCUAUCACACUUGCAGUUCGUCGAUGGAGUUCCAAACCAUCGAGAGAGAACAGCGUUCGGGGACAACCUGACGCAACUGACGUUUAG